AUGUCUUUUCCAUCUCCGUUGGGCUCGAUAGAGGCAGAUCUAGGUGACCUCGACAUGAUGGACAACCCAAGCAUGCCGGCAAUCUGGCCGUCAUCUAACAUGUCCACUCCAUACUCUUCAGAAGCCACCCAUUUCACUGUCGAACAAGGACCUGCCGAUAUCAACCCUCACGACACCGAGAUCACCUAUGCCCCUCCUGUUCCACACAUCAACCAGCCCUCGUGGGACUACAUCAAGGCGCCAUUUAUUCAGCUCUACGAGGGCAAAGGCAUGAAACUCAAAGAUGUCAUGAUGAUCAUGGAGCGGGACCACAAUUUCAAUGCACCUAGCGAGCACGCAUACAAGAAGAAAAUCACAGCCUGGGGCAUUGGCAAAUAUUUCACGAAGCAGGAAAAGAAAAACUUUGCAGUAAUGGCCAAGCGUCUGAUUGCAUGUGGUCAACAGCUUCCCGAAUACGACGAUCUUGGACGUCAGAUACCCUGGGAUCGUGUUCGUCGUCAAGAAGGCAAAGACGCUGUUCCUAGGAUCAGGUCACGGCUUAUGUCCUCCAGAAUUGAAGCAGAACGGCAGCGCAGCAUUGGCCCUCUUCCUCAAGCUCGCUACAGAAGCAUCGAAUGCGUGUCGGCCUUCAGAGACAAGAAUGAUGGGCUGGAGAUGGGCAAUACGACUUCAAGCUUCAACAACUGGCUGUCAAUGACUCGCUGUGUUACUAUUCCAAGCAUUUCACCUCCGCUUGCUCUACCAGAUCAUUUGCGCCUGAGUAAUUCUAUGUUCCAUCAUCUGAAGGAUUGUUAUACUUGGCUCCGUAACGAACGGCCACGUCCCGCUGAUAGCGGGUCGGAAGUCCGUCUCCGCGAUGUUUAUUAUAACGUGCACCAUCAAGUCAGAUUAUGCUCGCAGAAAGAAAGAGCUAGAAUCCUCUCCAGCGCAGCGAAACAGGUCUCGCCUUCUCUAGAACAAUUGAAUGCCACCACAUUGCAGGAUUUGCUGCUAGCAAUAUAUGAUUGUUCAGAGGCACUGAAUCGAACAUAUUUUGCAGCGACACUCAAGUUCUUCGUUGAUGCUUCACAGCAGGUGUUUGGUCAGGACAGGCCUGUGACUCUUCUGCUCGAAACUCUCUUGGAGGCUGUGGAUGUACGUCGUUCAACAAAGGGGAAGGUGGCCCUUGUAUGUGAUGGGGCCUCGGAUGUGCCUCUGGUUGAGCUUAUGAGAUACUAUAACACGCAGUUGACCACUUCCAACACGAACUCUGAACUGGAUAUGGCCACGAUUUUCGAUGCUCAACAUAACCUCGUAAACAUCCUGAUAGGGGAAAAAGGCAACUUGAGCCAAGCAGAGUCCUUGUGUCGUGACCUGGUUGCUUGGUCUGCACAACGAUUUGGAGCAGCACACCAUCGUAGCCUGGCAGCGCAACUACUGGUGGAUCAUGUACUUUUGGAUCAGGAUCGUCUCACGGAGGCCCACUCAUUAAUCACCAAGCUCUGGACACUUUGGACUGAAGAACAUCGAAAGAUCGAUAUAGCCGGGUUGCUAGCACAGGAAAUUGACUGGUGUCCGGCCUGGGAUAUGAUGCGUGUAUGUAGAAGGCAGGGUGAUAUCCAUGGCGCUAUCUACUUCUCUCGUGAAGCUUUCUUGUGGAGUUUGUUGCGCAACGGUCAGACGACUGGUGGCACGCUAGAUAGUUUGGAUUGGCAUGUUUACUUUCUCGAAACUACAGGCAAUUACGAGGCUAUCGAGGAAUUGAAACGGGCUUACCCUGUUCCAUGUAGUAUGCUGAGGCGUUUGCGGGUGGAUGAAGAAGAGGAGGAGGAGGAUGAAGAAGAAGGAGAAAUAGAAGAAGAAAUAGUGUAA